AUGCCAAACAAAAAAGGUGCUGAUGUUGCAAUUGGAAGCAAAUCUAAUAUAGUUGCGCUCCACAAACCAAUAUCAACUAAAGUUGAUGCUGCAAUAGGAAGCAAAAGCACUAAUCAAAGUUUUAGAACUUUCACGUACGCUGAAUUGGCAAUUGCAUCAAACAAUUUCAAGGACAAGGAAUAUUCCCCAACUUUAAUGGAUUUCAUCUGCAAAGGUUGGGUUGAUGAAAGGACGUAUGCACCAACAAUAAAAGGUGUCGGUUUAGCGAUGUAUGUUACAAAAAUGGAGAUUCCAACACAAAAGGACAUCAAACUAAAAGAUUUCAAUCAUCCGAACCUUGUAAAAAUUUUGGGAUAUUGCUUGAAUUAUCAGGAACUAUUUUGUGUUUACGAGGUCAUUUCUGGCAUAACUUUGGAUAGAUAUCUUUACGGAGAGUCGUGUACUUCACUUUCUUGGGUUGCACGAUUAAAAAUAGCAAUAGGAGCAGCUGAAGGCCUGGCCUAUUUCCAUAAAAGGAAACAGCCAGCGUAUAGCCAAUUUAAGACCAAUCUUAUAUUGGUUUAUAAGGAUUUUAAUGCUCGGCUUUCAGAUUUUGCUUUUGUUACUCACACCUUCCAAUUAGAUGCAUAUUGUUAUGCAGCCCCUGAGUUUUUUUGUCACCAAGUAGACACAUUUGAUGGUCUUCACCCAUUGUGGCUACCUGAAAAUGGUUUUUCAAUCAAGAGUGAGAUCUAUGCUUUUGGAGUGGUACUAUUGGAAAUACUAACAGGAUUGGAGGUGUAUGAUAGGAGGAGGCCCCUUGGAAAGCAAAACCUGGUGGAAUGGGCUCUUCCAUUGCUAGGAGAUGGGGUUAAUUUGAGUAUGAUCAUCGACCCACGGGUUCAACAUAUUGAUUUUCCUCCAAAGGAAGCAUUCAAGUUCACUCAACUUAUUUCAAAGUGUCUUCAACCAAAACAAGACAAACGCCCAUCAAUGGAAUACAUAAUGCAGGUUUUGCAGCAUUGCUAUCAAAACAGUGUGACUCUUAAAAGUCAAACUAAAUAG